AUGAACUUCAUAUCAAGAAUUCAGCUAAUUAGAAAAAUACAUUCUUUAGUACCAAAUACAGAAGAUAAAAAUUUAAAAAAAAUAAUUACUUACAUAAAUAAUUACAAUGAUAAUAUAAAUCAGUUAAAAAAAAGAAAAGAGUAUCUUAAUUUAUUAAGAAAUAUAUAUAAUACUAUACCUUCAAGGUUAAAUGAAAGGGAAUUGUGGAAUAAUUUUUUGAACAAAUUAAAAACAAAAAAAUCAUACUUUAAAUUAGAGAAAAUAAUUAAAAAUAAUACUGUAAUACAUGAUUCUCUAAUUUCUAGGCAAGUUGUAUUUCUUUAUUAUAUAGGUUUUGAUGACGAAAUAACUUAUUUAUUAGAUAAACUGGAGUUUAAAUUACGAAAAUGCAGUGAAAAAAAUUUCAGAGAAUGUGAUAAAUACAUUAAUGAAGAUAUAAAUGAUGUUAUAAAAAUGCUAUACGUAUUAUAUUAUUUUAGAAAUAAAGAAAAUGAUUAUAAAAAUGUUAUUUUGUUAUUCGACAAAUUUAUUUAUUAUAGUAAAAAAUAUCCUGUUAAUAAUUUAAAGUAUUUGUUUUAUUUUCAUUUAUUUUAUUUUAAUAUGAAUAAUUCAUUAAUUAAAAUACAUAAAUGCUUAGAAAAAUAUAGUCAUUUAUUAUUAACAGAACAAUUGAUGCUUCUAAUUCGUUAUAUAAAUAUAUACUUAAAAUACUUAUAUUUACAUAAUGCUAUUAAACACAAAAAUGAUACUACAUGUGAAGAAAAAAUUUAUAAUAGCGAAAAUGAGUUGUUUAAUGAAUGCUUGUUCAUUGAUAAUAAAAAAAAUGAAGAAAUAAAAAUCUUAAAUGAAUACGAAGAUAUUAAUAGAAAAAAAAUGAUAACAAAAGAAAUAAAUAUUUUUAUCAACAAUUUGUUUAGAAUAAAUAAAAAUGAAAAGGAGUAUUUUAUAUUUGAUAGUUUUGAUGAUAUAGAAAUAAAAAAUAGUUGUGUAAAAAAUUACUCAUUGAUGGAAAACAAAAUCCUUUUCAAUAAAGACAAUUUAAUUAAAGAAGGAAAAAACAGAUCAAAUAUAAAAGAUAAAGAGAUUUUACUUAAUAACAGUGGGAAUAUCAGUAACGAUAAAUGUUUAUCAAAAAAUAAUAUAAAUGAAGAUAGUGAUUUAUUAAAUUUAAAUGGAGAUAAUAAUUUUGAUAAAAAAAACAAUUCAAUUUUACAAAAUAAUAUAAUUGAUAAUAAUAAUAAUGAUAAUAUAAUUAAUGAAUAUAACUUAAAAUACAUUGAUAUAGUAGAAGAGAAAUAUUCUAAAAAUAGAAAAAUAUUAAAAAAAGAAGAAAUCACAUUAACAGAAAAUGAAUUAAAAUUAUAUAAGAGUAUAUAUGGCUCAUGUGUGAAAGAAAUAUUAAAAAAUAUUCUAUUAAAUAAAGAAAAAAUAAGUCCUGAUAUAAUGUGGAAUAAUUUUAUAAGUAAUUUUUUUAAGGAUGAAUAUAUAUAUAUAUUAAUGAAUGAAUUGAAAAAUAAAAUGAAUAUUAUAAGUGAAGAAGAAUUUUUAAUUUUCUUAAAGCAAGUAAAAUUACUAAAAUUGUAUGAAAAUUCAUCAUUUUUCACUAUAUCAAAUACUUUUUUUAAAAAUUAUAUAAUUCAGAAAAAAUAUUUUAAAAAUAUAAUUCUUGCAGAUAAAUUGACAUAUUAUACAGAUAUUUUUUGUUAUAAUUCUUUUUUACAAAAGUAUAUUCUAUAUAUAUAUAAACUGAACUUUAACAAAUUAACCAUCAAAAUAUUAAAAAAAAUACUUUCAAAAUUAUAUUAUUUUUUGCAACAGAACAAAUCACUAAUAAAUGGGUUUGAUAAAUUUAUAAAAAAUACAAUGAUUAAAAUAAUUUUGAAUGGAUCGUUAAAUGAUAUCGUAAUGUUACUUUAUUCUUUAAGGCAGUAUAAUUUUUAUAAAACAUACGUAAAUAGAAAAAAGAACGACAAAAAAAAAAUAAAUAAUGAUUAUAACAUGUUUUCAAGUGAUUAUAAUUAUUUAGAAAAGGGUUGUUAUAAUUAUAUUUAUGAAUAUAUAAAAAAAAAAGUAAAACAUUUAUCACCAUUAAUUAGUUCGGAUGAUAAUUUAAAAAAUAUAGAAAAUUUUAACUUAUUUCAUUUAAAUAAUUACAAUUUAUAUCAAUUAAAAAAUGAUUACUUAAAAAUAUACAAAUUAAUAUGUUAUAGAACCAUUAUUGAGAAAAAGGAGAUUCAAAAAUUAAAUUAUGAUAAGUAUUUUGAUAUAAAUAUUGUUAUAAUGAUAGAGAAACAAUUAAUUAAAUUAUUUUGCAUAUUUAUAAAUAAAUUUUGUGAUUCAAUUAAAAAUGAUGAUAACAAAUUAAAUAUUUUUGAAUGCAUAAACAAUUUUUUUGUUGAUAAUCAAUAUUAUAAUUUAAAAAAUAAUUCAGAUGGAAUAUUUCCAUCUUUAGAAGAGAAAAUAAAUAAAAAUAAAUUAUUUAUAUUGAAUAGAAGCUUAAAAAAAGAAACGAAUGAGGUUAAGGAACACCUUUUAGAUUAUAAUGAAUUAAGUAAAAAAAAAAUUUAUGAGCAUAAUUUAGAUGAAAAUGAAUUUAUCAAAAGCAAAUUAGUUGAAAAUAAGUUAAAUAAAGAUAAAGUAAGUGAGUAUUCUAAUUUUAAUAUUUUAAAAAAAAAAAUGUGCAUAUCAACAAUGAAUAAUUAUAUGAAAAAAUACGAAUUUGAAUAUAAUACUAUUAAACGUUUUAUAGAUUUAUUAUUGAUGAUAAUAAUAGAUAAUUAUCUAUACUUUGAAAUCAAAAAUUUUUACUUUAUAAAUUUUUUUUUUUUAUUAUUUCAAAAUAAUUUUUUAUCCAUGUCUAUAUACCAUUACUUCUUUUUUUUAUACAUUUUUAAAAAUCUAAAUUACAAUCAAAUUAGUCAAAAAGAAAAAAAAGAAUUUUUUUUUUCAGAGGAAUAUUUUAAUAAAAAUAAAAAUGAGAUUAUUAAUAUAUGUAAUGAUAAAUUAAUAUCAAUAAUAAGAGAUUAUGUAUCUUCUCAAAUUAAUAAAAAUAAGAACGUUCAUUAUGAAAGGAAUGAUACUAUAAAUAAUGGAAAUGAUAAAAAUAAAUCUACAGAAAAUUAUAGUGAUUGCUUUUUGCAAAAUAAAAGUGACAUUUUUGAUUUUGAUUGCAUGAUGACUUUAAUCUUAUAUAAUUUAAAAAAUGACGAAAUAAGUAAUAUAUUUCAAAACUGCUUUUUAUUUUCGUUAAAUAAUUAUUUAAAAAUUAAAAAUGUAUAUAUUAAAUAUGGAAAUUAUACUUAUUUAAAGAACAUGGAACAUAAUAAUGAAUUAAAUAUUUUAAGUUGUAACAAUAUAAAAGAAAUUAGUAGUUUGUUUCACUUUAAUGAAGGAAAUAAAGAUAAUUUAAGUAAUGAUCAUAUUAUAAAAAAAUAUCAAUUUUUUUAUAUUAAUAUGAUUUAUGAUCGAUUAAUGAAAAAUUACGAUGAAGGUGAUUUUGAAUGUUAUAUUAAUUUUUUAACUGAUAGGAAAAGUUAUGAAGCAGUUGAAGUUUUAAAGGUGUGUAUGUGGAUGAAAAAGUAUAAUCAAAAUGAUAAAAUUAAAUUAAUAAUUAAUAAUAUUAAUACACAUUUAAAUAGUUAUAAAAAAUUAGAAUUCUAUAUAAGUUAUCUUUUCCUUAUAGUACUUUAUCAAAAAAAUUAUUUAGAUGAUAUUUAUAAAAUUUUUAAUGAAAUUAAUAAGUAUUUAUUAAAUAAUGAUAUAAAUUCUUUCUGGUAUAUUUUAUUAGUUCAAAUUAUUUAUUUAAUUAAAAUUAAAAAUUUGUUUUUAUUUGAUCUUCUUUUUAUGCAAUACCAAAAUAUUUCUAUUUUUUAUAAUGAUGUAAUUAAGUUAAAAAAAAAAUGUUAUGAAAAAAUAAAUGACCAUGAUAUUAAUUCUUGUAAAUCUAGUAUUUUAAAAUUUUUAAAAAAUAACCAAGUCUUCUUUAUAAAAAAUAUUGAAUUAAAAUGUAGUCCAUUUAUAUUUGAUAUUUAUAUACCAUCAAGAAACAUUUUUUUUAUAAACCAAAAUAAAUAUAUAUUUAGUGAUAUUUUCAUUGAGUAUUUACAGGAUAAUAUAUUUGAUAAAAUGAACUCAAAAAUUAUAAAAAUAGAUGAACAAAGCAUUAAUUCCUUAAAUACAAUUUUGUAA